GCUUGCUCCUAUCCCCAGGGGGAUGCCCUCGGCAGGAGCAAACACAGGCAAACACUGCCUCCCAGCUGAACGCCACACUCCGCGCGGCCUGCCCCCGUUCCCACAGGCACAACCCCGACCCUUCCGGGCCUGGGCAGGGCGAGGAUUCAGCGUUCCCAUCCCUCGCCUCCGCCUGGCUGAGCCAGAGCUCUUCACCACUGCACUUUAAAGCCUGGCACCUUGAUGGAAACAGAUGUUGAUGGUGGUCCGAGAUAUUUGUGGGGGUUAAAAGAUUUGAACUCCAGCUGAAUAAAACAAGGGCUGAAGAUUGAAGGAUGGCAGCAAAUCCUUCAGGACAAGGUUUCCAGAAUAAAAAUAGGGUUGCAAUCCUGGCAGAACUAGACAAGGAGAAGAGAAAGUUACUUAUGCAAAACCAGUCUUCCACAAAUCACCCUGGAGCCAGCAUUGCACUUGCAAGAUCACCUCUGAAUAAGGAUUUCCGUGAUCAUGCUGAGCAACAGCACAUUGCAGCACAGCAGAAGGCUGCACUGCAGCACGCACAUGCACACUCCUCAGGAUACUUCAUAACUCAAGAUUCUGCAUUUGGAAAUCUUAUUCUUCCUGUCUUACCUCGACUUGAGGCAGAAUGAGGAAUGUUGUCUCAGAAAUUCAAGAUCCGAUUUUUGUCCACAGCAGGAGCUGUCUGACCUUUUAAUUUCUUUAUGUAUCCUAAAACCUACUUUUUUUUUGGGUUCUUGCAAAUGCCAUUCAGAAGUGUGAGCUCUAGUGAUGGGGAAAUAGUGUUGAGAAUUUUUUAUCCUGUAUUAUUUCUGUUCCUCUGUCGGAUCAAAGUCAAAUGCAAGACUUUUAUUGGACUUAGAAGUGCACAGGGUUUGCUCUUCCCUGUUUCAGUGCUUCCUUUAAAUAAAUGUCCAAAACAGAGUCACCAAGAGAUGCACAAUCUGACAGCAUUUAUAUUUCUUUUUAUUAUGUAGAGGUAUGGUUUUUGUAAUGAAUAAUGAAAAUUAUUUCUGUUCAUUAAAACAGACACGAAUUUGUCAAAUGCAUCAGCCAGUCUUCCUCCCCCACCCUCUCCUAUGCAGGAACAUUUCUAGUGUACUGUUUGUAGCAUCAUCUGGUCUUAAGUCCUUAGUUAGAGUGUGCCUGCCUCUUACCUUGCUUUGUGAAAUAUGAAAAUGAAUUAAAGUGGGAAAAAACAAAA